AUGAUUAAGAAGAUAGUGGACCUAGGUCAAGGCUUUUAUGCAGAGAUCGAAUGCUACGUUAUUUUUAACCGACAAAAAAAACGAAAUAAAAUGGAGGCUGGAGAUUUCAAGGACUUCGCUAAGGCGAUGACUGACUACAUAACCGAAUACUUGGAAAAUAUCCGAGAUAGACAAGUAGUACCGUCCGUGAAGCCGGGCUACCUCCGGCCGCUGGUGCCUGAGCAGGCGCCGCAGCAGGCGGAGCCAUGGACGGCGGUGAUGGCGGACAUCGAGCGCGUCGUCAUGUCCGGCGUCACCCACUGGCACUCGCCGCGCUUCCACGCCUACUUUCCCACUGCAAACUCUUACCCGGCCAUCGUAGCCGACAUGCUUAGCGGCGCGAUCGCCUGCAUCGGGUUCACCUGGGUACGGAACUCUAAAUAUGUGUAUCUUCAUGAUUAUUUUAUAUCUAAAUUAGCUGUCCCAGCGUACUUCGUACCGCCAAUAGGGGUUGGUGGUAGAAGGAUCGCAAGCCCAGCGUGCACUGAAUUGGAAGUAGUGAUGCUGGACUGGCUAGGUCAGAUGCUUGGCCUGCCGGAACAGUUUCUUGCUCGCUCCGGCGGCGAGGGCGGUGGAGUCAUUCAAGGGACGGCCAGUGAGGCUACCCUUGUAGCUCUGCUCGGCGCUAAAGCCAGGACAAUCCAGCGCGUCAAAGAACAGCACCCUGAUUGGACCGACACACAGAUUCUAUCUAAACUUGUUGGCUACUGUAACAAGCAAGCCCAUUCGUCAGUGGAGCGCGCUGGACUGCUGGGAGGCGUGAAGCUGCGCACACUGAGACCCGACAACAAGCACCGUCUGCGCGGCGAUACGCUGAAGGACGCCAUCGAGGAGGACCUGAAGAACGGGCUCAUACCCUUCUAUGCGGCGAAGUUGCGCAUGCUAGAACUUGACAACAAGCACCGCCUGCGCGGCGAAACACUGAAGGACGCCAUCGAGAAGGACCUGAAGAACGCGCUCAUACCCUUUUAUGUUGUAGCUACACUGGGUACUACAUCAUCUUGCGCCUUCGAUGUUCUCGAUGAAUUGGGUGACGUUUGCAACUCUCAUGACAUUUGGCUGCACGUGGACGCGGCGUACGCUGGCUCCGCAUUCAUCUGUCCAGAGUACCGCUACCUGAUGAAGGGUGUAGAAAAGGCGGAUUCCUUUAACUUCAAUCCCCACAAAUGGAUGCUCGUCAACUUUGACUGCUCCACCAUGUGGCUGAAGAACCCACGUUGGGUCGUAGACGCGUUCAAUGUCGAUCCACUUUACUUGAAACAUGACCAUCAAGGUGCCGCUCCUGACUACAGACACUGGCAAAUCCCUCUGGGACGUCGUUUUAGAGCACUCAAGUUGUGGUUUGUGUUGAGACUGUACGGAAUUGAGAAUCUCCAGAAACACAUCAGGAAACAAAUAGGACUUGCGCAUUACUUUGAAGAAUUCUGCAACAAAGACGACAGAUUUGAAAUAUAUGAAGAGGUCACCAUGGGUCUUGUAUGUUUCAGAUUGAAGGGGGACAAUGAGAUAAAUGAAGAGCUUUUGAGACAUAUAAAUGGUAGAGGCAAAAUUCACUUAGUCCCGUCGAAGAUUGAUGAUGUUUAUUUCCUAAGACUAGCUAUUUGCUCCCGCUUUACAGAGAAUUCUGACAUCGACUUAUCAUGGGAAGAAAUAAAAAGUUGUGCAGAUGAGGUACUUAAAGGAGUAUCCAAAAAUUAAACUUUUCCAUUGACCUAAAUUUUCGAUCGUCUUGCAUGUCAUAUUUACAAAAAAGCGAUUGAUAUAAAUUAAACAUCGAUGAAAUCCUUUCUCUUGCCUAGUAAAGAUAUAUUACACAUGACAAUAAUGGAAAUAAUAAAAAGACACAUUUAUUGUUGGUUAUAAGUAACUUAAUAAGUUGCUAUUUAGAUAGUAGAAUUUUGAAUGCUAUUGUGAUAAAUAUUUAUAAAUUGAUGUAAAUAAAUUUGAUUGAGUUACAAAUACCAUCUUGUUAAAACAAAAUAACUGCUAUGAAGUUUAACUGAAUACGUGUGGUAUGAAAGAAUGAAUCAUGUAAGUCGUGUAGUUAUUCCUACACCGUCUCUUCGUCGGCCUCGCUUUGUAAAAGUAUUAAAGUAUAUAGUUUACAUAUUAUUUCUGAAUUAUUGAAAUACCUAGACUAUGCUAAGUUAAUGUAACUUUAAUAGUUUAAUGGAGUAAUCAAAAAAUAAUUUUUAUAUUAAGUUGUGAUCAUCCAAUUUAUUAAUCAUGAACUACAUAGUGUAUUGAAUUUCCAAAUGAAUAUGAAAACUUUUUCUUAUUUUUCAAAAACCUUUUUUAAUUAUUCAGUUCUUCUCAACCAAUUAUCUUAUGGUAGCGGGAAUUUAUAAAUAUUUAUAUAUAGGUAUAUAAAUUUCAUAACUCCGUUUAUACAUAUUUUACGUGAAACUUUGUUUUUGCAAAUUUUUGCAAUAUAACGUAUCCAAUUAUUGUAAGUACCUUGUAAUAUUUGUAAUACUUUAUGAGACACGCACUUUUUUAUUUAUUGUGACAAUAAGUUUGUUAUGCAUGUAGGUACUUGUAACUGUCUAUUUAUUAUAUGUAAGAUGUGAUAUACGUAGAAAUUUAAUUAAAAAUAAAACUAAAAAAAAAGUUACUACGAAGGUACGAAUUUAUGAUUAGUGCUAUUCAUGUUUUUGCCGUUUAAUGUUCCAAUAAAAGAAUGAGCA